CGGUCGCGUCGGCUUCUGAACAUCUCCCCCGGAUCCUGCUCUCGCUUUCUUGCGCCUUUAAGACCGCCCUUGCUCGUUCUUUUUCUCCCUCUUCCUCCUCCAGAUUCCUCUCCUUCUCCUGGUCCCUAUCCCCCUUCCAUACGACCUCCUCUUUACUUCUUUCAUACACCAUGGCCACCCCUCCUAGAGUGAUUGUUGUCGGCGGUGGAUUGUCCGGUCUCAGCGCCGCCCACACCGUCUACCUGAACGGCGGCAACGUCUUGGUUCUAGAUAAGCAGGCCUUCUUCGGUGGCAACUCGACCAAGGCCACCUCGGGUAUCAACGGUGCCCUGACUCGCACCCAGGUCGACCUGGGCAUCGCCGACAGCGUCAAGACUUUCUACGAAGAUACCCUCAAAUCCGCCCGAGACAAGGCUCGUCCCGAGCUGAUCAAGGUCCUCACCUACAAGUCCGCUGCCGCUGUCGAGUGGUUGCAGGAUGUUUUCAACCUCGAUUUGACUCUCGUUUCUCGUCUGGGUGGUCACUCCCAGCCCCGUACGCAUCGUGGCCACGAUGCCAAGUUCCCCGGAAUGGCCAUUACCUACGCCCUGAUGCAGCGCUUAGAAGAGCUCAGCGAGCAGGACCCCACCCGCGUGCAGAUCGUCAAGAAGGCCCGCGUGACGUCUAUCAACAAGUCCGGUAACCAUGUGACCGGUGUCACCUACGAGUACAACGGCGAGAGCACGAGCGCCGACGGUGUCGUCGUGCUUGCGACCGGUGGCUAUGCCGCAGACUUCGGCGACGGAUCGCUGCUGAAGCAGCACCGUCCCGACACCUUCGGCCUCUCCAGCACUAACGGAACCCACGCCACCGGUGACGGCCAGAAGAUGCUGAUGGAAAUCGGUGCCAACGGCAUCGACAUGGACAAGGUCCAGGUGCACCCCACGGGUCUGGUUGACCCCAAGGACCCCGAGGCCAAGUUCAAGUUCCUUGCCGCCGAGGCGCUCCGUGGCGAGGGUGGUCUGCUGCUCAACUCGGACGGCCAGCGGUUCUCCGACGAGCUGGGCCACCGUGACUACGUGUCCGGCCAGAUGUGGAAGGAGAAGGAGAAGGGCAAGUGGCCGAUCCGUCUGGUGCUCAACAGCAAGGCCUCCAACGUCCUGGACUUCCACACGCGCCACUACUCCGGCCGUGGCCUGAUGAAGAAGAUCAGCGGCAAGGAGCUGGCCCAGGAGAUCGGCUGCGGCGAGGCCGCUCUGCAGAAGACCUUCGACGAGUACAACCUCAUCGCCGACGGCAAGAAGAAGGACCCCUGGAACAAGCGCUUCUUCCACAACAUGCCCUUCAACGUCGACGACACCUUCCACGUCGCCCUCAUGGAGCCCGUCCUCCACUUCACCAUGGGCGGUAUCGAGAUCAACGAGCACGCCCAGGUCCUCAACUCCGAGCAGAAGCCCUUCGACGGCCUCUACGCCUGCGGUGAGCUGGCGGGCGGUGUCCACGGCGCCAACCGUCUCGGUGGUUCCUCGCUGCUCGGCUGCGUCGUCUACGGCCGUGUCGCCGGUGACAGCGCCAGCGAGCAUCUCUUCCAGAAGCUGAUCUCCGGCGGCGCCACGACCGCACAGAGCCGUCUCGGCCAGAUCUCGCUACACAUCGACCCGAACACCCCCGGCAAGAUCUCCGUCGAGUGGGGUAGCGGCGCUGGUGGCUCCGGCUCCGGCUCCCAGGCCGCCCUGCCCACGCCCGCUGGCGCCACCCUCGACGCCAAAGCUGCGGCCACGCCCGCCGGCGCGUCGGAGACUUCCAAGCCCACGGACCCUAAGAAGUUUGAGGUCCCUGCCACCGAAUACUCCAUGGAGGAGAUCGCUAAGCAUAACAAAAAGGAUGACCUCUGGAUCGUCGUGAAGGGCGUUGUCCUCGACGUGACCAACUGGCUCGACGAGCAUCCCGGUGGCGCGAACGCCCUGUUCAACUUUAUGGGCCGGGAUGCCACGGAAGAAUUCGCCAUGCUCCACGACGACGAAGUCAUUCCCAAAUACGCGGGUCAUAUCGUGAUUGGUCGCGUCAAGGGCCAGACCCCCGAACUAGAACUCUAGAUUGUUUGGAAUAGAAAAACCACACAACGCUCACAAAAACAAAUUACCCACCCUUCCUCCCUAACCUACCUUCCUAACCUACCUACCUACCAGACCUACUUGACGCAGCCAUUUGAUACAUACCCCCUUAUUUUUCAUCUUUUGAUCUGAUUUACUUGCUUCUGGCUUAGUUGUUGUUGUUAUGAUGGGCGGGGUUGAAAAGGCCCUGCUUUUUUUAUUUCUAUUUUCGUGUUUUUUAGUUUGUAAGAUAUGAAUUUCACUUUUUAUGUUUCAAAAUUAUCUUUUCCUUUUCGAGAGAUAUACUUUAGAUGUUUAGUUGGUUUCAUUGGUAAUCGGUCAGAUUUAGCUAGAUGUAAUUGCUAGAGUGAUUAAAGGUUCGGGUACUGUGAUAUUUCCCCAACCUCGGCAAAAUAUAUCUUACAUUUUCUCCCCGAAUCCAUACCUACAUACCUACCACCUACCUGUAAUAAUAUACAAUAGAAAUAACCUUGGAAAGUCCCGCAUAUUCUCAAUAAAUACACACAAGUAAACACCAAGGAUAUCAGCGUCCCAUAUGUUUCAGAAUCAUCUUCAACCGCCUCACUGCAGGCCCAUCUUCCUCCUUCCCCUGCCCACUUCCCUCCCUCUCCUUCCUAGCUUCCAUCUCCUCCCUCGCAGCCUCCAACGCAGGCCGCAAAUAACCCCACACCUCAUCAUGGUACCGCUCGUCCACAGCAAUCCAGUCCGCGGAUCCCGGAAGACUAGUCAACACCGUAUCCCGAAGGACCGUCGCAUCUGUGUCGGUGACCGGAGCGGCGCUGUUCAGGAUCGAGUCGAUAUCCGGGACGAGGCUGUAGGGCGUUAAGCGGUGCGCUGGUUGGGUCUGCGGUUGGGUGUCAGGCGGUAGCGACAUCUGUCGUCGGAAGGAGUCGAUCGUUUGGAUUUCCUUUGCGGUGAGUUGGGGUAGGGAGAGGUCGGUUUCGAUGGGUUCGAAAGUUUCGUGCGGUUGGGGUGGGAAUUCGGGGUCGAAGGUGCUGGAGGAUAGGAGGGAUGUCACUGCGGCGCCGUCGGUGGGGAGUGGUGAGUAUCUUGCUUGCGGGGUGGGAUCAUGGCGGAGGACGUUCUCGGUGGUGGUGGAGGAGAAGGGUAUGGUCUCUCUGGCUUUUCCUUUUCCCGGUUGGCUUUCGCGUAUAUUUGAAUAUAUUAUCAAUUCUGAUGAAGGAUCAUCGCCGUAGCUGGACUGGAACUCCUCCGAGGAGAGCGAAGGUAGAGCGAAACCGCCAGCUUGCUGGUUUGUUGUUGGGGACGAUCGAAACGUCUCCCCCGACGCAGUGUGCUCGGAAAGUCCACGAGCAGAGGACGACGACGUCGGAGCCCCUGAAUCAUCGAGUCGCUGUGCAGCAGACAACGCUGCCCUCGACGACGCCGAAGGACCGGCCUUGCUACCGCUCCCGCCGGCUAACAAGGUCGCCGCAUCAGCCGAAGCCGAAGACGAGGCAGAGAAGGCAGACCUCGCGAGCCCCGAGGCUGAAUUCUGGAUUCGGCCGGCGAGCGACGAGCUGGACCCAUGGUCGGCGGCGCUAUCGGACGGAUUGGUCGGGUUGUGGUCUGUGUUGUUGUCGUUGCGCUGGUUUUGAUUGUUGUCGGAGGUGCCCCGCUUCUGGUUGUUUUUGUCGGUCAUUGCGAUGGCGGGGAUUAGUUAGCUAGGCGGAGGUGGGGAGUGGGGGGAGGUUUAUUGGCAAUUUGGCAUUGGUGGGUUGAGGGGGUAAAGAAGAAGAAGAAGAUUGUAAAAUUGAAGAAGUGGGUUACUUUCAUGUCAUGAGCAAGGAGAGAGAGGUUAUAGAACCGGGGAAGCUUGUUCGGCCCAAGGGAGUUUAGUUGAUCGCGGUCGGGAGGGGCAGGAACGACAUGUGAAGAAAGAGAGCUAAGGAAGAUACGUGAGCUCAGCUGGGUAAGUGGGUUAAUUGCUAAUUUAGAGCAGGUUAGCCCUAAAUGCAUUAAUGAUUCAUAAGGGACAGCGUUGCGGUUGUGCCCGAGAACCGAUCAUGGAUGUAGAGUAUACAUCCAGCAUGUACCUCAUCGCGUCAUUGGGCAGCGGUGGUCGAGUUGUCAUCUAGUUCUGUAGGAUGUAUAGUUAUCUGGGGGGUCAUCAUUGGUCAAGUUGGGACUUCAGGUAGUGUGGAAUGAAAAGAAGAUAAUCUGGAGGUCAUCUGAAGCAAAGUCCCUGGAUGUACAGGUCUCUCCCGUCGGAGAAGGGAG